ACGUUCUACCAUCACAAUUAGUUCUUCUUCUGCUACAAUUACUAUUAGGUGUUUGGUGCUAAAAUCUUCGAUACUAGUCGGCUCUUGCCGUUGUAACGUGCAUACGCCCCAACGUUGAUAACAACUGGGAACGGCCUAGACGUUGUCGACGACCUCAACAAGAACAAAGCAAGUGGCACACAAGUAGACCCGUGGAGCUAUUACUGUCUGCACUUCUUUCUAUAUGUAAGUAUUAUUAUUCAUCUAUUUGGAGUGAUCUAGAUGGGUCGUCGAUUCUUCGUUGUCAAUAAUAGCAUGCAAAAGAACUGCAGAAGCGAAAAGCCUAAAGGCUGUGUGGAACGCGGAUGAGCCGACGGCAAUGGAAUUUCUGUUGAAGACUGUGCAAAGGAUCAAAUGAUUUAUUUUAAGUUAACAAAAACAAAAGAAGAGUAAAAAAAUACUAGGGAUUGACGCACCGCGCAGUGUGUUCUUCCGCCUUUGAUUUCUGAGACGCGUGUACGGUCGGCAUCAGGCAAAACCUCCGAUCGGUACCUACCGAGUAUAUAAGAAAAAAUAAAAACAAACGGGUGCCUGUUAAUUCGUUCUUUGUAAUUCAGUGUUGAGCGUCAGCCCGAACCCACAAAGUGGUAGAGAAGUGCUUACUAUAUUUAUAGAUUCGCUAUGUAUUUGUAGACAUCAACAUAUGCCAAACAAGAUGGUAAACCGGUGACAACAAUAGUGGUGGUUCAACAAAAAUUACUCGAGUUCCACGACUCCUUUGCUCUAACAUCUGCAACAUAAAAGACACUAACAAAAGUGACACUGGCAAUUGAACUUUGCCCCGUUAUCCUUCGGAUUUCGGUUGCUACCGAAAAACCCGCAAAGGAAGAGAUUGCAGUAAAAACUUCAAAAAAAUUUCAACAUUUCAAGUAGCGCCAGUAGCCUCGUUACUGAAGACAGCUGAUGUGCUUUUAUUAAAAUGGGCGUCUCUAGCGGGAAUACAACGCAUUAAGAUCACAAGAUUGCGACACUUCAAUGGAUCGACAACACGGCGACGGCCAGUGGUAUGCAUAAGCGGCGGGGGUACAACGCUGUCGGCAGUAAGCCUCGGAGCAGCAGCGGAGCCUACAUAAUGACCGGAUCGACGGAAGGGAGGGUCCGGUAUCGAAGAAGCUUCGCCGAAGCGUCCUAGGUGAAUUUACGUUGAGCUUCAUUCAUUAGCUACGGGCUACGCAUGAACUCACAAACAACACCAGCUCCUUAGGGACAACAAUUUAAUUUGACCUGACCUAGAGUUUCGCAGUGAUAGCCCGUUGCUCAAUGGGGCGUCGAGUCUCACGAAUAGCAGUCCGAGCCCACCAAUGAGACAAUCCACAGCAAAACUACCAAAGAGCCAUGUCCAGCGUGGUCUUCUCCUCACGCUAUUCUUCCUUGCCAUAUUGCUGUCCGUCUCCUUCCUUAUACAAUAAAAUGUGUGGGGCCAAAGGUUAUAACGACUACUACUGUCACUUCAAUAGAAUAUUCUACUCGGCUGUAGCCGUACCGACGAGAGAAAGAAAGCUCCUUGCCACGUUGCUAGCAUGCCUAUACUUCUCCGUUGAUUAGCACCCACGCAUCAACAUCAGGACAACGGCAGGAGGGAUUGUCAAACGGCUUUUUUUCCAGCCGAACAAACCCUUAAAAAAGGUAGCUAGCGUUGACGAUAUACUCGUAGUUGAAAAGCCAACAAGCAUUAGCAAAUUGAUAAGACGUAGAGGAGUCACCAGCUACGCGCGGCACCUGAAAAAUGAAUGGUUAUGGGCGAGUGGGCGUCUGAUGGCGAAGGUGCUGAAGAUGAUGUCGAUGAGGGCAUCGGAAACAUCGUUGCCGUUGCCCGCUGCUUCGAAUGCUUUGAGUUCGGCAUUAGUCGGCAGCCACGCCAGACAGUAUGUGGCUACAGCCCGGCGCCGGUAUCUUGGGCGUGGCGCAUUCAGCUGCCUGCAGAAAUCUCGAUGUCGACGAAGGCGACAAUACCAGCAUCAACACCAGCAGCAGCAGCCGAAGCAAGGAACCCAUCAAUGUUUCACUCAGUGGCGCCCGCAGUGGUUUACCCAAUGGCCUAUCUCAGCUGCUGUCGUCCGCACGAUUACAACGGCAACGAUUGCAGCGACAGUAGUAGCGAAAAUUCAAAACAAAAGCAACAACGGCAACAAUAAGAAGAAAAGUACCAACCACGCUUUUUCAAGUUGGAGGCACCAAACGUCGGCGAAGCUUCUCGCAAAGCUAUUACUCCAUCGUCGCUCGUCAACAACCCGGCUCCGAAGGACGGCGGGCAACAGCCGACGACGUAACGGCAUUACGACGGCGAAGACUACGACUGCGACGAAAAACAACAGCAGAACAGGCAAUACCAGCAACGGCUCUUGCUGCUACGGCAAUUACAACAAGAACACCCUGACAGCGUUCGGUCUAUUCCGGAUAACCUUUUUCACUGCCCUGCUGGCUUCGCAGACCUCGUCCUCUAUGGCGAACAGAAGUCCGCAGAAACUUAUCGGCACGGCCACUGGUGACGUAACGAUCGGCGCGCUAUUUCCAAUUCGCGAAGCUCCAGAUGCCAAAAACGCUCAGACGCGAACCUGUGGAGUAAUUCGCGAACAGUACGGUAUUCAUCGCGUAGAAGCAGCGUUUCAGACGCUCGACGAGAUCAACAAUAACCCCAGACUGCUUCCGAAUAUCACACUAGGCAUCGAAAUCCGCGAUUCUUGCUGGUAUUCUCCAACGGCUCUUGAGCAAAGCAUCGAAUUUAUUCGUGACACGAUCGCCAUGCGGGAUGAUGCCAACACGUCGACGUCUGCAGGAGGGGCCACUACCGAGCAGUGCCACCGUGGGGCCAAGAAUACCAAAAACAUUGUGGGCAUUAUCGGGCCCGGCUCAUCUGCUGUAACCAUACAGGUACAAAAUCUACUGCAGCUAUUCAACAUCCCACAAAUUGGCUACUCAGCAACGUCGCGAGAGCUUAGCCGAAAAGACUUCUACAAAUAUUUUUUGCGGGUCGUACCGUCUGACGAAUUUCAAGCCAAGCUAAUGGUCGACGUCUUGCUCAAAUUUAAUUGGACCUAUGUCAUAACGAUCAACACUGAAGGUAAUUACGGUCACAGCGGAAUGGAGGUGUUUGCAACUCGUGCCAAAGAGGCAGGCAUUUGUGUGGCCACUCAGGACACGUUAGGCCACAACGCAGAGCCAGAGGAAUACGACAAUCUUCUGUACUCGCUAUCUGAGUUCCCUUCCGCCAAGGUGAUUGUGUGUUUCUGUGAAGGAUUUACCGUUCACCAUUUGAUCAAUGCCACUGCGCGACUAAAUAUGACGGGAAAAUACGUCAUCUUCGGCAGUGAUGGAUGGUCUGACCGUAUGGAUGUCGUCGCCAAUCUCGAACGGCAUGCCACAGGUUCAAUCUCUGUGAGGCUGCAUACAAACUACGACACCGAAUUUGAUCAAUAUUAUUUCGGACUAGACCCAUUUACUAACAAGCGCAAUCCCUGGUUUCGUGAAUUCUGGGAGACCCGUUUCAAUUGUUCGUUCAGGAACACCAACUCCAGCGCGUCCAACAAACAGACUGGCAGCAGUAGACGGAAAGGCACUCGUAUUUGCAACGGCAAGGAGAAGUUGAACGAAGGCGGAAAAUAUAAACAAGACACAAAAUUGGAAUUUGUCAAAAAGUCGAUUUACACAAUGGCUUACGGCCUUCACAACAUGCAUCGGGACUUCUGUCCGAAUAGGACGGGCCUAUGCAGUGCGAUGCUCCCUAUCAACGGCUCCAUCUUCCUUCAGUACCUCAUGAACGUCAGCUUCGACUGGACCACAGAUGGUAGCAAGGUGUUCUUCAUGCAGAACGGAGACCCACCUGGCCAGUAUGACAUCAUGAACUUUCAACAGGUGAGCCCGGAUAAGUAUGACUAUGUGCAGGUGGGCGCCUGGGUCAAUGGCAUCCUGAAUUUGACAGCGCCCAUACAGUGGAGCCCGCAGUUCCAUCUUAAAGCCGACUCUCCGCCAGUGUCCAUCUGUAGUAAUCCCUGCCCCAAGGGGCAAGUCAAGAACGUGCACUCGGAAACUUUGAAAUGCUGCUGGACGUGUACCGAAUGCAAGAAGAACGAGUACGUGUUGGAUGAAUACACUUGCAAGGCGUGUGCUCUCGGAUACUGGCCCAAUGAAAACCUCACAGGGUGCCAGGUGAUUCCCGUCGAAUACAUACACUGGUAUGAUACUGAUUCAAUAGUAGCUAUUUCUAUAUCGGUGUGUGGUAUUAUCGCUACUUUAACCGUGAUGGUGAUCUUCAUCUGUCAUAAUAACACACCAGUGGUGAAAUCCUCAACGCGCGAACUAUCUUACAUCAUUAUGGUUGGCAUGUUCGCUUGCUACUGCUCGGCAUUCUUCCUCAUCGCGUAUCCGAGCGUGCUCACUUGCAGCUUCACACGGGUCCUACCUGGUCUCAGUUUCGCCAUGAUGUAUGCUGCUCUCGUCACGAAGACCAACAGAAUAGCAUGUAUUCUCGCUGGCUCUAAGAAGAAGAUUAUCACGAAGAAGCCACGUUUCAUGAGCGCUUCCGCACAGGUUGUCAUAACCUUACUGCUCAUCGGUGUCGAGGUCGGAAUCAUUGUCACGCUGAUCGUGUUCGAGCCGCCAGAUGCCAAAUAUGACUAUCCCGACCUGAGUCGAGUUAAAAUCAUCUGCAAUACAACCACGUUGGGCAUUAUCGCGCCACUUGGUUUUGAUUUCUUUCUAAUCGCCAUGUGCACGGUCUAUGCUGUGAAAACGCGAAACGUGCCAGAGAAUUUCAAUGAGGCCAAAUUUAUCGGCUUCACUAUGUAUACGACACUUGUCAUCUGGAUGGCCUUUGUACCUAUAUACUUUGGCAGCAAACAUAGAGUGAUCACGCUAUGCUUGUGUAUCUCAUUUUCGGCGUUGGUCGCUUUAGUACUACUCUUCCUACCGAAGGUCUAUAUCAUUUUAUUCCGACCAGAAAAAAAUAACCGCUCAGCAUUUACAACAGCCAAGGACGUCCGAUGCCACAUAGGCUAUAUAAACUCGAACGUAUCGAGAAACUCCUCUCACUCCGCUUCGGAAUUCUCAAUGGGAUCGCCAAGAAAUUACAGUGGCGAAACGUCCGGUGGCGCACAAAAAAUUGGCGGACGCACUUCGAAUCCACCCGGUCAACAGCCAUCGCGACCGCAGCAGCGCAAGAAAAAUCUCAACAUCUUCGAACGUUUUCGGGUGUCUAAACAGGACCGUAUAGCGGCCUCGGUGGCGCAACACAUACGCGCUGUCCGAGCUGCCGAGGCUCUUGACCGUAACACGCGAUUCCGGCACUCGCAAGAGCCGCUGUUUACAAUGGACGCUAAACCUCCCGGUAGCUCUGCGGGUGUGGGAGGUCCAGCUGGACAUGGCGCGACUGCUGGGCCUCGAUUGCCACCUCAGCGAAGCUCUUCCUGCGGAGAAGAUACCAGUCCAACAGGUGCUCUUUCCAGUGGUGGAGGCUCAAGGAAGCGCAUGUCGUCCGCCCAGCACCGAGAUCAGGAGCACGUAGACAUUGGCUGUCAAACGACUGAUGAUCUCGUCGAAAUGUGGCUACCUUGUUUACGGCGUCGUAUAGUACGCCAUUCAGGUGGCGAGGGAACAAUUAGCGGAGGCGCUUCUGCUGGUGAUGAUGGUGUUAACACCGGUGACGGAACCUUUGCCGGAUCGCCGGACCACGACGACGAAACGAUAGCGACUCUACGACAACGCAGCUGGAGUACUGAUCCGAAAACACGACAAAAAGAGGUGACUGAGGUACGGAAGCGUCGAACGCGCGAAUACUCAAUGGAUCUCGCUGAAUUGGAUGAGCUGACAUGCCUCGAGGACCCGUGUGAGGAUGAUGAUGCUACAAUCGCAGGCGACGAGGAGGUUGUAUUUACGACGGGUCCGGGCCAGACGACGUUCAUGCCGUCAUGUUCCACCCAGAAGGAUCGCCGCGAUCUGGGUGUCCUCUCCAAGGAAAACAGGACAGCAGUGCUGCCUUUACAGCUAGGCUAUGCUGGCGCCGUGGGUGGCACGCGAGGCCGCACUGAAGAAGGACUCAUGGAAUCGUCGAUCGUUGAAGAAAGCGUUAGUUCCAAUGGGGACGAGUCAUCCUCAGCAAUCUACAAGAAUAUUAUCAUUAAUUUAGGGAGCCCCUCGUGUAAGACUGCACAGGUGAUUUCCACACCGGCACUGCGCCGUUCUGGCUCCAAACCUCCCCAGCCGUUACCGGAGCACAUCCAUCCGGCGUGUCCUCUGCACGGAGACCCCCUGUUGGUGACGGAGUGGGCAGAGGUAUCUGCGCAGAUGUUGCUUCGAAAUUAUCAUGAGAGCCAGCAUCGUGCGCAUUCACACGGGGACUACAUGUGGAAAAACACCAUAGGACGCAGUGCCUCUACGAAGGGCUGUCGCCACGGCUGUAGACACACCCAUGUUCGCCAAGAGACCCACUGUAAAGAGCAUCGCGAUAGAAAGCUAGCAGACAGUGGACAAAUGAAGAAUUGAACAAAUGGCAGAAAGCAGCAACGAGGAAAAUAAUGAGCGGAAAGAGCAAGAAUAUCUUCACAAGCAAAGCGAAGAAAGAAGAAUCUAUGUCCCCUCUAUCUCUCCAAUCUUUAUAUAAGACGUAAUCGUGCGAACUUACACAUUCAAAGAGCACAAUUGCUCUUACACACAAGCAUAUAUACACAUAGACAAGCAAAUGCGCCCUACACUUGAUUUGAACAUUUUACGAUUCCGAAUUCACCCCUUGUUUGCCCCUUUCCGGCACUCCUCUCCCCCUGGCGACCACGAAACACGAACCUGCUGUCAUCUGUGCGGGAUGCGUGGCACGUACAGGCUAAUCUUACACGAUCAGUCUUUAGUAUAUAUAUAUAUACAGAUGUUCAUAGUAGAUAUAAGCACGUCUGUACACCAUACAUUACGUGGUAGUGAUCCGGGCACUAUCAUAGCGACGAAGACAAGGUGACGAGCAAACAAACACUGGAUAUAUGGUGGUUUUCACACGCCAAAUGAAACCCAAUUCAAACAAACUCGCCCGGAACUGACUGCACCAAAUGGCUUGUAGUGCACUGUGCUUAUUGAUCAAUAUGAGGAAGAUCGCAGUGCUAUUACAAAGGGAACAAUCCCGAUCGUUAGAUUGUAGCGAAUCACAUACAUUACCAUGUAGAUGUCUGGAUUUUUCUCAUGCGGUGAAACAUGAAUCUAUUGCUAUGGCGCAUAAGACCUCGGUAAGAUAUGUUGUCAUAUGGCUGCGUUCAAUUGUAACGUGUAAUAUCAGCAACGACAGUGAAAACAACGCAACCCCCGGACGCAACAUGGGCCCCUGAGAGCGAGUUGUGCGUGGCCGGAAGAUCACAUUUAAUUAAUUGACAGAAACGAUAAUGAUAAUUAGUAAUAUAUUCAGUAACGCAAUGAUCAUUAUAGGGUCACGGUUAAUACUCAGUGGGUCGGAAAUAUCCAUAUAUAUGAUUGCAACUAUAAAAUAUAUAAGAUAGUUGACCUAAUAGAAUAGGUGGAAAUAAUAUUGUCACAUAGAAAUGUAUUGAAAGUUACCACUUCUAAUUAAUGAUGAUAUAAAAACAAUUAUGAUACGACUAUUAUAACUACGAUGAUUAUUCUAAUAAUAACGUAACUAAUUCGUACCUGUCUGAAGCCACUGAGACCUGUAUUUGCUCUCUACUUAGCACAGUGAAUGAUCGUAGAUAAUGUUUAGGAGUAAGAUUUGAUCUUCACUAUAGUAUAAUUAUUAUUAUGAGGACAAUUGAAUCGUUCACUCUCAGCGGAGAUACAUAGGAUGAUUGAAGCUAUGUACAACAUCUGAGGUAUUAAAAAAGUUGUUUUAAACUUCAAUUUAUCCCUUCUUCAGCAAUAGUAACAACAGCAUUAAAAAGUGUCAAGAAAAAUACCCUCAGCAACAACGACGAUAAUUGCAACAGCGGUAAACACCUCUAUAAAACUGAUCGCAUCUGUCAAUGAAAUAUAAAAUGAGGUAGUUGUUAUGGUGCUUUGAGGCAUGAGGUACAGAAGUAAGUGGGAUUACGAUUAAACGUUUCAAUUCACGUAUAUUUACAAGCGUUUAGCUAUCUAUAAACAGCGACGCUGUCCCUAGAUGAACUUCCUCUUCGUCCUAAGAGCACGACCUGUGCUGACUUAAGCUAGUAAACAAUAUGAUGAGAAGCGAUAAACCGGAAGGGGAUAUCAGAUGGGAGCUUCUGAAAGGGACACAGAUGAUGAUGAUGAUG